UAAGUGGCUGUUAUGCAACGACCGACCUACUAACACAUAUCCCCACAGUUCCUGGCAAUGAGGAAGGGAAAGGUACAACGAUAACAGCCAGAGCAAAGACACAACCAGCAAAGAUACAAGUUGCUCCAAGAUCCACACAGGCAAGAUACAGACAGGAAAGCAAACACCUCUAUAUCUUAAAUAUAUAGAGCAAGAGAUCAAUUUGUAUAUGUUAUAUCUGGCAAAGGAAGAGUGCACAAUUUGUGGAUGCUUUGUGUAAAGUCUUAGCAGAAGGCCCAAUGGGAGGAAUGUGCCGUCACUUCAAAAUGGAUAGAAACGUUGCUCUCCCAAGCUGAGUUGUAGAAGCAGCACGAGGAAGCCUCUGAGUUGUUGCCCAGGAAGCCCGGGGAUGGAAUCUGGUUACUACUCUGAGCUGGAGACCCUGGCUUCAGCUCCUCUGUGCCUCUCAGAGACUCUUGGGCCUUACAGUGAAGGGUUAGCCCAGAGAAACAGGGUAGGGAAAGGCAGAAACAACAGCUCGGGACGCAGGAAGCGGGAGUUCAUCUCCGACGAGAAGAAAGAUGCCACCUACUGGGAGAAAAGGCGCAAGAACAACGAAGCUGCCAAGCGAUCGCGGGAAAAGAGGAGGAUCAGCGAUCUGGUCUUGGAGAAUCAAGUGCUGGCACUCAACGAAGAGAAUGUCAGGCUCAAAUCAGAGCUGUUGGCCCUGAAGCUGAGGUUUGGUCUCAUCACCACCGCAGGUUACGCAGUGAAGAGCCAACAGCUGGCUGGAGCAUCGAUGAGCUCUUAUUACAGUGCAUACUCCAACGGCCCCAGCUCCCUCCUCAACUCUGACUCCUCAGAGGCUGAGCACUCAAGCCGAGGGAGUGGGUCCGCAGCUGGGAGCAAGUAUUCACCCCGGGGCUCCCUCUCGGACAUUUCCGACGUGUCAUCGAGCGCCAGGGACAGCCCAGAGCUGGCGAUGCAUCGGGACGUCAAGCAGGACGAGUUCCAGGACCUGCUGAAGGAGGCCGAGAAGGUGAGGGCCAGCUACAGAGGAGGCUGCGAUGACAUUGAGUUUAUCGGUUACAAAGACCCAGCGAAGUGUAACCCGGGGCCCAGGGACGUCGCUCAACAAGGGCCCCCCGGUGGCACACAGCACCCUCAGAUUCACACCUCCCGAGUGGAGGACCUGUCUCCUUCUCCCACCAAGCCUCAGCCUAACCAAGUAGGCCCCAGGGCGGGUUACACACAGCUGGCCAUACGGGGCGUCUCAGCGAAGGCACUCACCAUCGGUGGGCUCAGUGAAGCGCUUUCUCCGAGCGCUCUCGCUCAGCUGCAUGCUCCCGACCUUUCGGGCCCCGGGGCCCACAGGGUCAAAGGUCACCCUUUCCCCAAGCCGCCUGCUGUCAACACGGAUGUGGAGACCACUUCAGGGCACCCAGUCAUCGGAGGGCAGGAGCAGGUGCCACCAUCGCAGCGCCCCCCUGGCGAGGGUGAAGACCUCAAAGAGGCCAGCGCCCGCGGUCCUGAGGGCGAGCCUGCUCCAUGCCGCGUCCCGCGAGGUUUCCCGACCAAGAGGCGGGAGGGCAGCCCCUUCGCCCCGUGCUCGGUUAUCGAGCCCCCGCGGGGCUCGCGGCGAGGGGCGGCGGGGCACUCCGGUGUCGCCACGGCAACGGCGGCCGGGUGCGGGGCCUACGAAGGUGACAGCCGCGGCCUGGUAUGUGAUGCGGUGCUGCUGUGCGGCACCCACCAGCAGGAGCUCAGGGGCAUGGCCCUCCCCCACAAGCUGCGCCUCAAAAUCCGUGCGACCCCCGCCAGCGAGCAGUACGGCCGUCCACAGCAACUGAGCAUCCAGGGCCUCCCGCCUCAUCAGGACCCUCCCCUUGGGGGAUACGUCACAGGGAGUGGCGAAGGUGAGCUCUGGAAUGGAUCCGGGAUCCUGGACAUGAAAGCGUUGCAGCACCAGCGGGCUGGACAUCUGGAUGACUCGGAGCAGUACGUUAUUCCCAAUGGGAAUCACAAGUAUCAAAGCACGCCGGCCAGCCUUAGCCUUCAGGCCGUGAAUGCAGCCUACUUCCAGGCUCUCGAACGGAGCACUGUGCAAUCUGCUGACAAGCUCUCGUUGCACGAGAGGAACAAUUUAGUCAGCCCCGCCGAGGGGUGAGGGGGAACCGGCAGCUGGACACACGCCGAAUGCGGACUAUAGUUACCCCGAAUGGUCUCAAACUGUGCAAGGGUAUUCUCCUGCCCCCUCACUGAGAGGUUUUCAGCAGCCGGAGCUCCUCGUUGGAGUCAUCGGGUUGUCUCCUGUUCCUUCGGUACGUCAGGGAUUUGGUCAAUGUUGACCGGAUUGUGCAGAUGCUGAGGAUGUCCUGAGAUUUAAGGUAGCAAAUCUCCUCACCAGGUCCUGCUCAGCAGGUGAUCUGUAAAGAUCUAGAACCGAAAGAAAUCCAGUUCUCUGCGUGACGUGACUUCAGGCCUAAGGCUUGCUGUUCUUACAACCAACUGUGCCAUGCUGUUUGUCCAUCUCACUACGGUGUGGCUCAGUUGGUGGCAUCCAUCAAUGGAUUGGAAGAGAUUUGUUCCUUGUAAUUUCAUUGGAGCGGAAAUAAUUAGCGAAAUAAGUCCCCUCUUGAAGCCACAAUUGCUUUCCAAUCUCUGUCAUUACUUUGCCUCCAGGAGUCCCCUCAAAAGGUGCACUUGCAUUGAUUCCAACUUGUCUCCCAGCGUCUGAAGCCCACUCGAUACUGAACUCGGGGUGAGAUUGAGGUGGCACGGCACACUGAGCAGGCCUGGCGCUGUGUGGUAGUGAGAGAGAUGUGUUCACAUUUCAGACAAGGUCAGAGGUCACACGACACCCAGGUUAUAGUCCAACAGGUUUAUUUGAAAUCACUGGCUUUCGGAGCGCUGCCCCUUCGUCAGGUGAAGUCACUUGGACUAUAACCUGGUGUUGCGUGAUUUCUGACUUUGUCCACCCCAGUCCAACACCGGCAUCUUCACCUUGUAUUUCACAUCAUGGCUUUUGAGUAAUUUUCCAUUUCCCCAGAAGCACAAACACAGGUUGGAAGCUGCGCUUGCAUUCUGACCGCUAAGUGCAGUGUUUCCCAAAUAGUCCCAGUUCGUAGAACUGUGACAGUGCACCAGGAGUCCAUUCAGACCAUCUGUAGUGGGUCUCCGUAGAAAUAACUCACCUGGUCCCACUCCUCAACUGUCCACCGACUAUAUUUUCUCUCCAAUUCUUUCUCAAAAGCCACAAAUCGAGACUACCUCUACCGCACUCGACACACAACGUGUUCUGAAUCCCAGUUUUGUGAUAAAAACGUUUUUCCUCAGGUCGCCGUUGCUCAUAUCGCCAGCCAUUUUAAAUUGUUCUCCUCUGCUUCUCCAUCCUUUCACCAAUUGGUUGCUCACUCUCUCCCUGUCUACACUGUCCUGAAGCCCUCACGAUUUUGAACACCAUGCUAUCGGAUUUCCUCCCAUUUUCCAGGGAGAGCAGUCCCAGCUUUUCCAAACCAUCUUCAGGACUGGUCCCUCAUCCCCCAGACUCACCCUCACACGUCUCGACAUCCACUUUAAACCCUUCCUACCAUGGUGUCCGAAGCUGGCCAGAAUACUCCAGCUGAUGUUUUAAACAGGGAUUUAAUCACUCCCAUGCUUUUAGUUCUCUGUCAUGUCUUGAGGAAUUAUGGUUCCCAGCGCCUAAACCUGGUACACCUGGGAUACUCCUGUCUUCCCAGCUCCCAGAGGAGAAACAAUAGAAUUUGGUCCCAACGCUCCAUCUGAAUCCAAUCUCAUCACGAAAUAAAACAUUGGUUCAUCUUUCCUGUAGCAACAAAACCUCCAAUAGUUUUGACGUACAGACCCCGAAAGGUGGGAAGAUUCUUCUAUUUUCGCCAAUGCUGCACAAUCGUGAAAUGAUGGCCUAGUAAGCUAGAGACUCAGGUAAUUCGCUGGGAAUACGGGUUCAAAUCCUAUCACAGCAGAUGCUGGAAUUUGAAUUCAAGUAGAGUCAGCCUAGAAAUGUUUAAAAACUCAUCUGGUUCAUUAGACUUGCUGGAGGCAAUGGUUUACAUGUGACUCCAGACACACAGCAAUGCAGUUGACUCUUACCCACUGGGCAAUCAGGGAUGGGCAAUAAUUGUCAACACCUCACAUCUCAUGAACACAUUAAGAAAAGUCGCCUCAUAUAUGAGUGUCACGGGGCCAAAAGGACAGAGAUCAUUGGCUAAGAGUUUCCAGUUUGGGGUCAAAUUGCACAAGUCUUCAGGAUUUGAUCGGGUCUUCACUUCAAUGCAUUUGCACGUCAAAUUGGCCCAUGAACCAGUGCAAUCAGGAACAGUUUUAGAAUGUCACCCAUCUCCAACGCAGACUGUAUAUUGAAGAGGGAUAACUCGGUGCAGUUUGAUGAGCAGAAUGUGGGUCUAUCACAAAAAGUGAGCACUUUUACUUCAUGAGGUGUCUACAACACGAGUGCCCCAGUUCUAAAUAACUCUUAAAAAUGUUUGCACGGAGCCACUUACUGGUUUCAUUGAUGUGGAGCAGGCAGUUCUUUCGGAAUUGUGUUUUUUUAAAAAUUAAAAUCUUUUGAAAGGCGCCUGUUAGUGUCCUUCCACCUUUUUAACAAAAGAAGCAGCUAACUCUAAAAACCUCCUUGAAGAACUACAAAAGCACCUAUCAGAAAGGUAAUCUGUUGGGGAUGGGGUGUAUGGCUUUGAGCUCUUUGUUUAAAAACCGAUAAAUAAAACAUCGUAGAGGCUGGAGGUCGUUUGUACUUGAAAUUCCUCGGUCGUUUUUGUUUUGCAUUAGUUUGGCCACUUUUGGGCUGAUUGUGUGGGAAUCCGGUUGGAAACUCCUGCUCCCUGUUUGUAUCAUCUGUAUUGGAAUUCUAGCUGCUCGCGUCAUGUUUUCUAUCAGCUCAUUCACGAGACAGAUGCUGUCUUCCAACCUGGUACAAUGAGUUUGAUUCCAGGCAUCUACGUCAGUUAUCACUAGAAAUAUCACAAAUUGAAACGUUUGUAGGGGAAGCUGAGAACAUCCAGCCUUUGUCUGCGUUCAAUCUAUAUUGAGAGGUGACUGUGACCUUGUGACAGGUUAUGUGUGCCUCUCUCAGAAAAAGCAGCACUUUGAUUGCCAGCUAUCAAUCAUCCCUUUUCAACUUAAACAAAAAGCAACACUGACCUCCUGUCCCAAUAUCCACGUCUCCCUAACAAUUGUUUUCCAAUUGCAACAGCCAAGGUCUUUUUUCCCAAGGGAAGGGAGUCCAAAACUAGAGGGCACAGAUUUAAGGUGUGAGGGGAAAAGUUUAGAAGGGACCUAAGGGGCAAACUUUUUCACGCAGAGGGCGGUGUGUGUAUGGAAUGAGCUGCCAGAGGAAGUGGUGGAGGCUGGUACAAUUACAACAUUUAAAAGGCAUCUGGAUGGGUACAUGGAGAUAGUGAGAACUGCAGAUGCUGGAGUUAGAAAUAACACAGUGCGGAGCUGGAGGAACACAGCAAGUCAGGCAGCAUCAGAGGAGCAGGAAAGUUGACAUUUCAGGGUAUAUAAAUAGGAAGGGUUUAGAGGGAUAUGGGCCAAAUGCUGGCAAAUGGGACGAGAUUAAUUCAGGAUAUCUGGUCGGCAUAGACGAGUUGGAUUGAAGGGUCUGUUUCCAUGCUGUACAGCUCUAUCACUCUAUGAGGUGACAAUACCAGAGAUUGAGUUCCAAAUAGUGUGUAUUUGCAGUGACCUAAAUUUGUACUAAAGAAGACAUCUCCCCUUUUAUAGUUUGUGGGGAAAUUAACAAAGCGGGAGAAAGUUUGAUCAUUUCAGACCCAUUGUCUGCUAAACAAUGGGACAAACCUUUUUUUUAAAAUUUGGGACCUGAGUUUCUUACGGGAAAUUUAGAUUGUCCAGGGAGAUAGCUCAAAGGAAUUAGUUAUCAGUUAAUUUAGAAAUGAUGUAAAGGUUUCAGGCCCCAACUAAGAGGCUCAAAUGUAAUGCUGUUUAAGCCCAUAAGAGUCAGGAACAGGAGUAGGCCAUUCAGCCCCUUGGGCCUGUUCCACCAUUCUGUAGAAGCAUAGUUGAUCUGACACUCCUCACAUGCACUCUCCUGCCCUUUCCCCAUAACCCUUGACUCCCCGGCCGAUCAAGAAUCUAUCUCAGCCUUAAAUAUACACAAGUUCUCUGUGGCAAGGAGUUCCAAAGACUCACAACCCUCUGAGAGAAGAAAUUCUUCCUCAUGUCAGUCUUAAAUUGGUGCCCCUUUAUUCUGAGACUAUGCUGUCUGUUUGUAGACUCACUCAUAAGGGGGGAGCAUCCUCCCAGCAUUUACCCUGUCCAAGCCCUUUCAGAAUCCGACACGUUUCAAUGAGAUCAUCUCUCAUUCUUUGAAUGUGAGGAGCAUUGAUGCUGUUGUGAAUUCGCCGUUGCUGGUAUGCCUAGCUCUUGCCACUUCCAUAGAACUUGGUGCAUGCCUGGUCCCUGCAUUGUUGUUCUCCUGCUCUGUGCCAGACCAGAUGAUGGGUGUUGGCAAUGCAAUGCACUUAUUACAAGGAGCCACAUCAAAGAAGCACUCAUCCCAUUCAAACAGAUACCAUCAGGAGUGGCGGUCUCUCUAACCCAGUCUCCGCGCCAUUGCUUUGUUGACACGUCAUUGAGGGUAGAUCCCACCGUCCCUGCCUCAAUAUUUCUUUUUUUUCUCUGUAAGACAAUCUCAAAUGCGAGCACCUCAGCGAAGUUCACACCCAACCAGCGCUAGGUGGUAGGGAAAUCCUGGAAGAGGUUAGACCCUGGUCAUAUUGAGGGGGUAGUGCCUCUUUGAGUAAGCGUGCACUUUGUAUGAAUUGUCUAUAUGUUGUGUUGUAAAUAUUGACACUGUUAUGUAUUUAUAAGCGAGAGAAAUGUCCUGAUAUUUCAUGUUUUGUGUUAAUUGUAAAGCUGUUUCUUUCUCUCAGAAAUUUGACUAUGAAUGUUCUUUUUAUACUGUCAGUUGUAUAUUAUGUAAAGAGCUGUCAUGUGCCUGUUGUAUAGCUUUGUACUUUCACUUUGUUCUGAAAUAACACUGUAUAACAAAGGAAAGAAGCAA